AUGGAAGGACGGGAUUUCGCUGCUCCGGCGCACCUCCUCUCAGAGCGGGGCACCCUGGUGCACCGAGCCGCCUCUCGGAUCGCUCCCUCGGGCCACGGCUCUGUACAGCACGGCGGUCACUUCACGCCGGGGAAAUACUACCCGUCGCACAUACCGAUGGCUCCCCACUCAGGCAGCGGAUUGAUGGGCAAUUCCUCCGCCUCCUUCAUGGGGACCUUUCUGGCGAGUAGUCUGGGCUCGCCCCCCUCCCACCCGUCUCACCCUUCCCGGCCGCCCUCCUCGCCCUCCUCGCCCUCCUUCCGGGGCGGACCUCACUCCAGCGCCUCGCAAAUCUGGUUUCCCCAUUCACAUGAAGCAGCUCCAGGGUAUCCUCGAUUCUCAGGGAGUUUGGCCCACACUUUCCUUCCCAUGAGCCACUUGGAUCACCACGCCAACAGUGGAGUUCUCUACGGGCAGCACCGUUUCUAUGACACGCAAAAAGAGAACUUCUAUCUUCGAGGUCUCCCGUCCCAGCCACCUCUCAUCUCAGCCAAUCACAGUCUGCCACCAAUGUCCAGGGCAGGUGCAGGACACUCUCAGGGGUCCUGCAGCAGAGACAGAGAUCCAGGAAUAGGCACUGCUCUACAUAAGGGCCUAAAAGAGGGGUCUGUGGAGAGAGGAGUGGUACCUGUAAAGGACAAGGAGAGGUCCAGUAGCAAACAAGAGGCAAAGGAGAGACAGCAGCAGCAGCAGCAGCAGCAGCAGCAGCAGCAGCAACAACAACAGCAACAGCAACAGCUCCACAACCACCAGCCACCGCAGCCCACACACCACCACCAUUCCCACUCCCAUCUGCAGCACCCACACUAUCCACAGCACCCACUACCCCUGGAGGAGGUCAACAGUCGGGCCCUGGAGAGGCACAAGGCCUCCCUUACCAUGGAGUACAGCAAGGAACACCCUCAGAGUAUGGGCAAGCCCCUCAGUGCCUGCUUGCACAAUGGCAAGAUGCAAAACGGAGAUGCAGGAACUGGAGCAGGGGCUAAGAACUCCAUGCCCAGCUGUGGGGGGGAGGGCACAGCCCUUGGGGUCAUGGUGGGUGGAGGGAGCAACCAGGGUAGACAUAUGGGGUCCAGUGUUAGUAGUCGCUGUACCAAAGAGGGGAUAAGUGGGGAGAUGAGGAUCAGUGAACAACCUUCAGACUGUCUGGAAAGGGGUCAGGCACCACUCCACCACUCUCUGUCCUACUCCGUACCCCCACCCUUACACAUGGGUGCUGCUGCUGGAGGGGCACACCCCCAUCCGCAUCCUCAUACUCACCCCCAUACACAUCCUCACCCAGGGGGCUUCCACUGCCUUCAGCUCCACCCUAGCCACCCACACCAUCCACAUCAUUCCCACCAUCCACACCACCAUCCAGACUUCUUCUGCCCGCCCCCUCCUGCUCCUUUAGUCAACCCUGCCUCACAUGAGAGGGGGCCGGCCAAUGUGGGACGAGAGCCUAAAAUCACUGGGCCUACAUUUGUGCCAUCUGUGGCGGGCCUAGGGGACAAAUCUAGUGGUCCAUUCCAGCUUGGUAACCCAGACUGCCAUGGUGUGGGCGGUGGAGUGGGAGGCGGCAAUAACAAGGAUAAGGUAAUAGAAAAGAAUGGAGGCGGUGGGCACCAUAGUAAUUGGCAAAGAAAACAGCAACAACAACAGCAGCAGCAGCAGCAACAGCAGCAACAGCAGCAGCAACAACAACAACAACAACAACAGCAGCAGCAGCAGCAGCAGCAGCACCCAUACAGAAAGACAGACAAGGCUCCAGAUUGGAUGCAGUCCCACCACCAACACCUUCAGCCCUCACAGCUCCCUCCACCUCCCCAACUACAACAGCCUCCACAUCCCCAACAGCAGCACCAGGCUGUGCGAUCGCGCAGUGCUGAGUGUAUCAACAGCGGUGUGGACAUGGAUGUGUUUAGACCCUCGAUGCCCCAGGGGCCAAAGGCUGGACACUCUGUCGCUCAUUCUGUCAACACAUCUCCUUACAGAGACUGUUCCCAUCCAGGACCCCAACCUAACUCCUCCCCCCUUGGCAGUAAAAGCAUGGUUCAACAUAGUGGGACUGGAGUAGCCCAUGGCCCUGGUCCUGCUGUUAGCUGCUCCUUGCAGAGAGAUGGCCAAAAGGUAGCCAGGAUACGCCACCAGCAACAUGGCCGACCGGGACCCGAUGCUCCUUCUCCUGCCGAGUUGAACCAAGGGACUAGUCAGGAGCUAAAAAGAAAAAUGGAGAUGUCUCCUUAUGUUUACGGCAACAGCAGCGGGCAGCACCACCACCAGCAGACCCCAGUGCCACCCUGGGCCAUGAGGCCUCCCCACCACAUGCCACAAACCGAGGAGGAGCAAAGGAAGUCUUACAUGGAGUUAGGGAGUACUGGUGGACAACAAUCUCAGCCGCAGCUGCUGCAGCAGCAGCAGCAGCCGCAGCAACAGCAGCAACAGCAGCAACAGCAGCAGUCGGGAAUGAGCCUGCAACCUCCCCAGCCUCCCUCAGCAUCUCCCCUCAGUCAGCAACAGCUGCAGCCACAGCAGCAAUCAGAGCCCCAGGGUCCAACUCAGGGGGAGAGCAGUGCCAUGAAAAGCUUACUAAAAUACAGCAACCAGCAACAGCCACUGCUCCUCUCCCAGAAGAGCCCCUUUGGAGGGCUGGGAACGCUCAAAUCAGGUCCUGCUGGGGGGAGCUGUGCCCUACAGGGCAACAAACAGACUCUACCUUCCAGAAAGGGCCCAGCCAAUGACAACGAGCGCCCUGAUUACAGUGGGCGGGGCCGGGAUAUGGGGGAUACAGGUCAUGGGGAAAGUGAGGUGCGGCAGCCGCCAGUGGGAAUUGCAGUGGCUGUGGCCAGACAAAGGGAGCCGCCUUGUCGCUCCGCGGACAGUCAUCCAAACAGCCGACAAGGCAGGGUACAUCCCUCAGUGAAAGGACCGCCCCGCUCCAUGUAUCCUUCAGAUCCUAAUGCCGAAGAGGAGCGAAAGAGGAUGAGCGGGGAACAGAUAGGUCUGACUUGCUUGGACAGAGAGAGAGAUGCAUAUAUCAGGGAUAAUAAGGAACGGGUGGAGUUUGCAAGAAUCCACCCCUCCAACAGCUGUCACGGAGAUCUGACCUCUCAUCUCAUGGUCCCAGGCGGGACUUCCCUCCAGUCGGGCCAAUUAGGAGAUCCUGCUGCACAUUCGGCUCACCACCAUUGGAUGCCAAGAACUGGAAGCCCAUCCCUCUGGAUGACAGGACACUCUUAUGCAGGUAUAGGUCACACAGCCCUGCAUCAGAAUCUGCCCCCAGGUUUCUCGACAGCUAUGCCAGGCCCCCUGCAGCCAGUCCUGCCUCUGCCCCAGGACCCCUCUGCCCAGCUGGUGGUCUUGCCCACUGAGCCCCCCGCCCAUCCUGCGACCCAUCACCUGGAUGUGAUGGAGCAGCCAGGGCUGUGGCCCCCUGUGUAUGGUGCCCGGGGCCCACCCUCCCACAUGCAGCAUCCUGCUGUGUACUCCCGAACCCAGUUUCUACGGCAACAGGAGCUGUACGCUCUCCAGCAGCACCAGCAGCUCCAGCAUCAGCAUCAGCAUCAGCACCAGAGCCACCAGUCGCAGCAACCACAGUCUCAAACUCAGCAGCAGCAGCAGCAUCAGCAGCACAGAGCUGUGCAUGGCAUGGACAUGCAGCAUCAUGCCACUCACAAUUCGCAGAUGCAGAAGAGGCCGGAUGAGCCAUCUGUUGAACUAGAGGAACUCAUUUCGGAACCCAGAACAUCAAAACCUGCCAAGGCCUACUCUUACAACCCAUCUCAGAGGAACACUUCUCCGCCUGGGGCCUGUGCCGCUCACCUGUCCCCUUGUUGCCAGUCCCCGUCUCUACGACCACAUCCCAAGAGCACUCCUUCUACACCCUGCCCUGCUCCCAGCCCUGCCGCAGCAGCCCCUCACUCACCUGCCAUCAGCCCUGCUCCAUCUCAGAUGCUCAAGGGAGCCGAGUCCCAGGACAAGCGAGGAGAGGGCCAGCCUCCCCAGGGUUACCCACAGUCUCUGGAGCCUGACUUGCCUCCUGGAUAUACCUACACUGCUAUUCCCAUGGGCUACAGGAACGGGCCUUCCCCCCAGGAUGUUCGACUGGCUGAGCCAGCUGACCUGGAAGCAGUCCAAGUGGAGCCUGCUGAGCAUGCUCCUCAGUCUCUCUCCAGCCUGGGGGAGGAGCUAGACUGCCAAGCAGUGGUCAGGCCCCUCCCAGAGCCACUCCCAUCCGAGGAACUAGAGAAAGAAGAGGAGGAAAGAGUGGUGGAGAGAGUUCUGGAACAGAGGGAGGAAGCGGAGGUAGCACUGGUGACAGCAGCCAACUAUGUGCCUGGAGAGAGGGAGGUGGAGGAGCAGGGGCCCGCUGAGGAAGAGGUGAUGGUUUGCCCCCCUGCUAAGAGCCCGGUGUGCGAGGCUGCUUCCUGUCCAGUCCCCCUUUCAACAGAGGAGCUUGAAAGGCCAGAAGCUGUCAUCACCUUGGAGGAGGAAGCGGAUGAUGAGGCGGUGGAUAGCCAGUUGGAGCACGCUCAAAAGGUCAACAUGCCUGCAGAGCAGGAGCCAGAGCUGCCCACCAUCAUUGAGCUUGACCCUCCUUCCCCUGAAGCUCCUGAGCCUCGGCCCCCGUCCCUUGAGGAAGCAAAGGACAGCGAGCAGCAGCAGCACAAGAAUGCGACGAACCCUGAUGGCGGCCCAGUGGAUUUUGUGUGUCUUUCCCCUGCCUCAACGUCUGCCCCUAGCCCAAACCAGGCAACUGUUGCCGUGCCCCACAAACCUCUCGUGCCCUGCUACUGGAGCCUGGAGCUGCUGAUUGCGGCUGCCUUCUGCACAGACGUACCUCCAUUUCCCUUAUUCCCUCUUGGCACCCCAUCAGUUGCCUCAUCGCAGCCCAACCCCUACCAGGGUAUGGAGCUUCUGAGUGAGCUGGCAGAUCUGGAGCUGCAACAGCAAAAGCACACCUGUGGGAAAAGUCAGGAAGAGGAGUUGCUGAUGUUUGACCUCCAUAGCCUUGCUACCCUGGCCACAGCCCGCGCUCUGGAGAUGGACUCCCAGGAAUGCAGCAGUCCGGGUUCAGGGCGACACUUCCCGGCCCGCAGGAUCCUCAAUUUACGUAGGAAAUGCAGUUGGACACCUCGCAAUGAACCAGUGUGCCCGGCCAAAGGUAGCAUGGAGACAAUGGACGGUCCCGAGCUUGCAAUGCGUGUGAAGUUGGCUGAGCUGCAGCGCCGCUACAAAGAGAAGCAAAAGGAGCUGGCCAAACUUCAGAGGAAGCACGAUCAUCAGAAGGAGGAAACACCUCGCAGCCCAGCUCGGCGAGGACCGGGGCGGCCAAGGAAGCGGAAACCCACCCUCACCACAUGUCCAGUGUCCUCAUCUGAGGGCCAAAGAAAAGUCAAGUCGAUGGGGGCGGGGCUUGCACUGUCGCCUGAGGACCAAGGAGGGGGCGGUGACAGCCAGAGAAGGAAGAAGAGGCUGUCCAGUCGAGGCUUUGAGCGGCUCAGCAGCACACAGCAGAUAAAAGCACAGGGCUGCAGAAAAAGCGGUCUUCACGGCAUGCUCAGCUCCAAGCUGGCCGGCGAUGUGACUCAGCUCAAACAGAAAGCCCAGUGUAAAAAGAUUCUCUCGGGGUCGGGCUCCAGAGACAAGGAGGUUUCGCCCUGCAACUCCAACCCCAAGCAUGGACACAGAAACCAGUCCGCUGGCAAAGCAGAGUCCAGGCGAGAGUCUGGGGGACAAAGUGACACAGCAGCCAGUGUGGACAGUAGCCCCCAAGACAGCUGGACUGGACUUGUGCACCACGGACGUAAAAAGGGAUCCUCCACCCUGACACAGGGCUCGUCCCGGCUGAGCCAGCCAAGAGCGAGAGAUCACCGCCAGAGACGUGACGCGAUGGAGGAGGAAGAGAGCUCCCCCGUAGAGAGUGGCUCCUCUGAUCAAGAAGAGGAAGAAGAAGAAGGCAGUUAUGAUACUGAUGAAGGUCGAGACUACCGAGCCCAGCCCCGAAGAGAAGUCACCUCGAGCUCCUCCGUGACAGGUCCGAGUCCCUCAUCUGUUGUAAAACUGGAGGCCAACCAGAAAGCCAGGAACAAAAAACAGAGACAGGAGCUUUAUGGCUCACAGAGUCUGUCUGGAGCCGAAGGGGAGGUCAAAGUAAGGAAGAAGCCCCCCUGCAGGCUGGGCCUGGCCACUGCAGUCAAAAACCGCCGUGAAGAUCACCGGUCUGAGGGGGUGAGAAGGCCAUGUGGACCCAGGUCUAAAGAGCCUCGGUGGGGCAGUCUUGGGACCAGAGGCAACCGCUACCGGAGGAGCAUGGGACUGGCCACCUUCCCGACCACCAGUGAGAGACUAAAAAGGGCGACCCGCAAGAGCACCAUGUUGAGAGGAGCAAUCAAUAAGAGGAGAAGUUGCUGGUCAGUUGGGGGCCCAUCUUCACAGAGUGAGGAGGGCAGCAGGGGACGAAGGAACAAGGACCAGCAGCCAAAGGGACGAGCCGUCAGUCGGCUGCUGGAGAGCUUUGCGGCCGACGAGGGUUUUCAGAUGGAUGGCAGCAGCUUCUCAGAAGAGGAGGAAGACAGCAGCCGCUCGUACAGCAACAAAAGCCCUGAAGUUCCUAGGUGCGUCGUGACCAAAGAACUCUUGACCGAUGGACUGAAGGUGCUGAUCUCCAAGGACGAUGAGCUUCUAUACGCUGCCAGAGUGCACACACUGGAACUACCCGACAUCUUUAGCAUUGUUAUCUACGGUGAGAGAGGAAACCGCCCAAGAAUCUAUUCAUUGGAGCAGCUGCUGCAGGAAGCUGUCCUGGAUGUACGGCCUGAGGCAGAGACGAUGCUUAGUGAAGGAACCAGGGUGUGCGCUUACUGGAGCGAACGCUCGCGCUGCUUGUACCCAGGCUACGUUCGCAGAGGUGGUUCAUCGGAUGAAGGGAAGCAAGGAGGAGUGAUGAUAGAGUUUGAUGAUGGAGACAGGGGGAAGAUCUCUCUCCCAAACAUCCGCCUCCUGCCUCCAGGAUACCAGAUUCACUGUGGGGAGUCAUCUCCUGCCCUGCUGAUACCCAGCGAGGCCACGGUUAAGAGAAGUUCUAGUCUGGAGCAGGCCCCUCUGAGUGACAGGCCUUCUGACAGAUACAACCUUAUCAAUACUUUAACUAACAGCCAAACUCCACUUCUUCACAAAAGAAGACCAGGGAGACCAAAGGGCUCUGGGAAAAAACAAAAGCAGCAGCAACAGCUGGCUGAGAAUGCCAAUAAAAAUCCUUCACCUUUCCUGGGUUGGCCUUCGUUGGGCAACACCAGGAAGAGGUCGUCCGACAACCUGUUUGAGCUCAAUGGGGCACCCAGGAAGGCCUUAAGAGGGACGGAAGAUGACCUGUUCCCCUUGGCUAGGAGCCAGCCAUUGACCUCCACCCCUGCCAAAGGCCUUUUCAGCAGCAGCUCCUUUGAGGUGGACUCCUUCAGCAGCAUUGCAAAUGGAUACUCUUCCUUCUGUACUCAGUCUACAGGACCAAAUCAAGGUUUAUCUCUGGUCCCAAGGAGUGGGACACAUGGCCAGAGGCGCAGGCAAGAUGAGCUUAUUGUGCCAAGAAGCAGGAAGUCUGGACAAGAGUUCUUAGUCAAGUUAGAUCACGAAGGAGUGACCUCCCCCAAGACAAAGAACAGCAAGGCUCUGUUGUUGCAAGGUGGCUCUUCCAGUGUGGGUGGCAUGCCCCGGGCAGAGGCUUACUCUCACCCAGUCCUGCUGGUUAAAGACAACAAAAAGGGCGGUGCCUCCAGAGUAGAACUUCUCCGGAAAGGAACCACACCCCAAAGAAAGCCCUCCUAUUCUCUGCGUCUGGAUGAAUAUGGCGACUUGGGCUUCAGCGCCCACAGAGACUGUGACAGCUCCAACUCUGAUCUGGAUGAUGAAGAGGAGGAGAGGAGGAGAACUGCACUAGCUGCAGCCUCAGGAGGACUAAGGACGGCUGGCCGCUUCCUGUCUCGUCUCUCCGUCUCCUCAUCGUCUUCUGGUUCUUCAAGCUCCUCGUCUUCAGGGUCUAUCUCCAGUUCCAGCUUGUGCUCCUCGGAUAAUGAUUCCUCUUACAGCUCAGAGGAUGAGGACAGUUCUACAUUGAUGCUUCAGAGUUGUAUGUCUUCCCACCGAGGCCUCCUGCAACCUUCUGAACCGUCCACGUCUUCAAGGCCACACCAGCACUCUUUUGUGGCCAAAGCUGUUGCUGUUUCCAACGCCAAAGGAGACCCCUCUGACCAGAUCUCCAACAACAAGUCCCUGAAGAGGAAAGAAUGCACCAGUUCCACCUCUAAAACAUCGAAGGAUUUUGUGAAGAAACCUAGGAUGCUUCCAGAUGACGCUUCAUUUAUUCCAAGGCCUAAGAUGUCUGUAUUUAUGGCAGGACGACAAACGUGGAGGUGGUCAGGAAACCCCACACAGCGGCGAGGUCUGAAAGGCAAGGCCAGGAAGCUUUUUUAUAAGGCCAUCGUGCGAGGCAGAGACACAGUGAAAGUGGGAGAUUGUGCUGUUUUCCUCUCAGCUGGACGUCCCAACCUCCCAUACGUAGGUCGUAUAGAGAACUUCUGGGAAUCCUGGACCUCCAGUAUGGUGGUCAAAGUCAAGUGGUUCUACCACCCUGAAGAGACCAAGCUCGGCAAGAGGCAUCGAGAUGGGAAGCAUGCCCUUUACCAGUCGUGUCAUGAGGAUGAGAAUGACGUCCAGACAAUCUCUCAUAAGUGCCAGGUGGUGAGCAGGGAGGAGUAUGAGUGUCUGACUCGCAAUCAGAAGCCGAACAGUACCUCCCCAGACCUCUACUACCUGGCUGGGACGUAUGACCCCACUGCUGGUCAAUUGGUCACUACUGAAGGGCUUUCCAUCUUGUGCUGAACCUCCACGAGGACACUACUGAAGGACUCCUUUGGAGGAAGGAUAAAAGUCCAUGACUUUACCUACAAGACCCUCCAGCCUGGGAAGAUACAAAGUGCACCUUGGGUAUCCCUCAAGGACCCAUGGACUAGAUGUCAGCACCAAAGCAGGGCUGUCUGAGGUUACACACUGGAGUCUAUUGGCAUCUAACCUUUGUGGAAGCAAAGGGGAUGUCCAUAACUGGUUGAUCCUUUCAAGAGGAAUAGAAGGAAGUCUAGAUCUUCACAAAGUUCAAUAGUCCCAACUAAUCUCUUUUUAAUGGAUCCAUGUGAUAGACAGCUUCAUAAAUGGUUUUAGGACUCAUGCCUCCUGCUCCUAUCAUAUAUGUCACCAAAGGAGAGCUGAGAGUGCAUUUGACUGCAAGGUAUUAUGGGGCUGAAUAGGUUCUGCGGACCAAUUCUUCAAAUGGAAACGAAAGCGAGGCAUGGGGCUCUCCAUAGACCUCUUCAUUCCAGGGAAGUUGAAAACAUGUAAAGGAUGUAAAGUUGAUGUCUGUAAAUAUAAAAACAAAAUGUUCCCAAUCAAGCCAUACACUUCAGUACCUCUCGCCUGUCUUAACUGUUCAGGUGUAUUAUUGUAUUGUUGUCUGUUGUCUAUAUGUACAUAAAAGCUAUUUUAUAUAGGAGUUUAUUGUAUAUAUGAGAUGUAUCUUUCCAUGUUUGCGAUUGAUUUAUUUUUAUAUGGGUGUAGAAUACAUUACGUCGUUUUUUUCCUUUGCUUUGGGAAGUCAAGAUUGGAGAUGUUAGUGUUGCACUGCAUAUGCCCUGCUGAGAUAGACGGAGAGAGACAGACAGAGCACAAACAAAGACGGAAGGAUUUAGUCUAUAAGUCUAUAACAGAAGACUCACUUUCUGAGAGAGAGGAGUCAUCCUGUUUAAAAAAAAUAAAAAUAGGUCAAGUGGCUUUUUGUAAAAGUGUUCUGUUACUUUGCAUCGUUUUUAUCCUAUUUUAAAAACACCUUUUUAUUUAUGUACCUCUCAGUUGGUCAUCAUCACAAGGCAGAUCCCACUGGACUGCAAUCACGGGUCAAAAAUGAUUUAAGAUCAAUGAUAUGAGUAUAACCUUUUGACACAAUAUUUGUGCGUGAUGAGUGUCCUGGCAUCACUAUAAUCAUGUCCAAAAUCAAUUUAGAAACAAGACUGGAUCUGAGAACGUGUUAAAUGAAUGCAUAGUUCAACACCAUGAUCCACAAAAUACCAAAGUGUCUUUUAUUCUCUGUAUUUCCUUCAUUUAAAUUGAACACAUGCCAAGCACCUGUACUGAACUCAAAUCAGACAUCACUGGUAACUUAUUGAAUACGUGUCCUCCACUAUGUGCAUACAUAUUGGAUUAGCAUUGUGACAAUGGUUCUCUUGCACAUGUACCUGCAGUUUUGUUUAGUGCAAACAUGGGAGUAUGACUAUGAAGGUCAAGGUACUGACAAAGUAAGAUAUUGAGUUCUGGCAAUUUGUUGGAAUUAUUUUUUUUUGUUUAGUUUCAUCAGCCAUCUGUGUCUAUUUUGUACAGUACACACACACACUCAAUGCUAACUGUGAAGGACAAUCAGAUUCACAAAGCAAUGGACAGAGUAGGUUCACUCAAUCUGAAAAAUUACUUAAAAUUUAUUUAAUUUGUGCCAAGUACAUUUUGUCUAUAUUUUGUCUUGUUUUUGAUAUGCAAUCCUGAGUAUUCUUUGUUCACAAAGUUUUAUUCUGUUCGCCAACAUUUUAUUUAUUGUCGAUGUUGC